UUUAAGUUGCAUAGUUACGCCGGAGAAAAAAUAAAAAGAAGAGAAAAAAAAUGGCCGUGGACUGAGCUCCGGUGUCGAAAUUUCUCCAACAGAGUUUUUCUUCUCCUAUUCUGAUUCUCUUCCUCGGUUCCGUAGCAUGAUUGUGGCUUUAGGGUUUAAUAACGUUUUUAAAUAUCGCACAUCAAUCUCUCCUCUUUCUCAUUGUCCCAACAAAAUCUUCGAGUUUUUGUUGUGUUGUUCACAAAAUUGCUGCAUUCUGAAGAACACAAGAGCUUUCAACUAUGGAUCAGAGAACACCCCACUCAGUAACCGUGGUUUCGAUUCCGAACCUUCCCUUUCAUCCUUCCGAAAUAUGGGUUCCGUGCCAAAGAAUGUCAUGUUCCUCGAGAAAUGGAACUCUUCAUGUAAUGGCGUCUAUAGGUUUACUUCUAUUGUGGGGUACCGUUGGAUUCAUUCAGAUAAAUCUGUUGAGCCUUUAGAGAAAAGUGAGGGGAAAUCUGCUAUUGGUUCUACAGAUGGAAGUGGAAUUAAGGAGGAGGAGACGAAGAAGAAGACGAGGAAAAAGUUGAAGGGUAAAAGAGCUGUCGUAAGGUGGCUUAAGUUUUUCAGGUGGAAGAAGAAGAAAGAAUAUGAGAGAAUGACAUCGGAGGAAAAAAUUCUGUUCAAAAUGAAUAAGGCACGUAAAAAAGAGAAAAGGCUUGUUGAAGCACUGGAAAAGAUUGAGCCUGCCAAUUCAUCAGAUACAACCCAUGAUCCAGAAAUACUGACACCAGAGGAACACUUUUACUUUCUGAAGAUGGGUAUCAAAGGAAAGAAUUAUGUGCCAGUUGGAAGACGUGGUAUAUACCAGGGUGUAAUUCUGAAUAUGCAUCUUCACUGGAAGAAGCAUCAAACUGUGAAGGUGGUGGUAAAGACGUUUUCACCGGAAGAAGUCAAAGAGAUUGCUGCCGAGCUAGCAAGAUUGACUGGAGGGUUGGUGCUUGAUAUUCAUGAAGAGAAUACCAUAAUCAUGUAUAGGGGGAAGAACUAUUCUCAGCCACCCACAGAGAUAAUGUCGCCGAGGGUCUCUCUAUCUCGUAGGAAGGCCUUGUUUAAAUCUAAAUAUAGGGACGGCCUUCGGGCAGUGAGAAAGCACAUUCCAAAACUUGAACAAGAGCUUAGGUUGUUACAAUCUCAGGCUACACUGAACUGCAAAAGCAAUGGUGAUUCUGUUGAACAUAUGCAAGAAACCGUCAAUGACUCAAAUAAAUCCAAGGCUAUUUCAAGCCUCAACUUGGAGAUUUUGGACGACUCAACCAACGCCGUGAGAGUUAGCAAUGACUGGUCCGAUGAUUCCUCUCCUGUAGAUACAGGAAUCAGUUCAGACUCAGAGGACUUGUCGGAUAUGUUUGAGACCGACAUCGAUUCAGAAGCCGAUGAGAAGAUGGAAAAGCCUCUAUUUUUGAAAGAGUUUGAAAAAUUUGCAGCAGAAACUGAAGAAGACGAAAUGGAAGACCUUUCUGAUCAACUUAGACAGAUAUCCAUGGACUCUAAGCAAGCUAAGAUAUUGGAGAAUGAUGUCAAUUCACCGGAAUUUGACGAGGUUGAUCGAUUGUUCUUGCGUUCAGCAUCACUGUUAAAGAAGAAAAGAAGAUAGAAAAUGGCUGGCCAAUAAGUAAGAAAACGAGGAUCAUCUGUAAAUUGUCUCUUGCAAGAAACAGAAGGUUUUGUAAUUUGUUGAUCUUUUCAUUGUUAUUUCUAUGGUUAUAAUUCUUUCAUUUUCCUUGCAUUUUUCUUCGAUUACAUAGAGCUACAUAAUUAUGUACUUACCAUUGGGAAUAACGUCUUUUUUAAGCUUCAUUAAUUUGUUUCAUAUUCAUUCAA